AUGCAUUCGCAGAGAAACCCGAACAGACUAAGCUGCAAAAUGGUGCUUCAAGCGGUUGGAAAAGUACUAAGGAAGUCAAAGACGAAGCCAAAUGGAAAGAAGCCUCCGGCAGAAGAGAAGAAGCUGUACCUGGAGCCGGACUACACCAAGAUCCGCGUGGUGGACUUUGACUUGAAGGAGCUGGUGGUGUUGCCCCGGGAAAUAGACCUCAACGAAUGGCUCGCAAGCAACACGACGACAUUCUUCAACCUCAUCAACCUCCAGUACAGCACCAUCUCGGAGUUCUGCACCGGGGACACCUGUCAAACCAUGACGGCAUGCAACACAACGUACUACUGGUAUGACGAGAAGGGGAAGAAGACCAAGUGCACGGCGCCACAAUACGUCGACUUUGUCAUGAGCGCGUGUCAGAAACUGGUCACGGAUGAGGAGAUCUUUCCCACUAAAUAUGGUAAAGAGUUCCCCAACUCGUUCGAGUCGUUGGUGAAGAAGAUCUGCCGGUACCUGUUCCACGUGCUGGCUCACCUCUACUGGGCGCACUUUAAGGAGACGGUGGCUCUGGACCUACAAGGCCACCUGAACACUCUCUACGCACAUUUCAUUGUUUUCGUAAGGGAAUUCAACCUGGUCGACACAAAGGAGACCUGUAUCAUGGACGACCUGUCUGAAAUCCUGUGCAGCCCGUUGCCUCCGGCGCCCACACCCGCCCCCUCGGCCCCCGCCCCCUCCCCCUCUUCACAAAACCAUGUGACGGAGAGAUGA